AUGUCGAAACGGACAAGCAGCGUAGCCACCAAUGGCAAGGCAGCCAAAGAUGCUGCUGAUAGCUUCGCCGAGCCUGCCCACGACAAGCAGAAUCUACUUCUCGCGGCCGACCCCGGUCACUUUUCUUUGAUCCGCGCCCUCCACCUCGCCGACGCAAUUACCCUCUGUAAUGGAGCUUGUGGUGUCAUGUCAAUUUUUACCUCUCUGCGCUACUGUCUUGGCGAUCCCUCGUCCACUAGCACGCUGUACCUCGCCCUCUCCUUCCUACCAUUUGGCCUCUUCUUCGACUUCAUGGACGGUAAAGUUGCACGUUGGAGAAAGAAGAGUGGUAUGAUGGGCCAAGAGCUUGAUUCUCUGGCUGACCUGAUCUCUUUCGGCGUCGCUCCUGCUUCUGUGGCCUUCGCCCUUGGUUUGCGCACACCCAUCGACCACCUCUGCCUGACCUUCUUUGUCCUCUGCGGCCUCACGCGUCUCGCUCGCUUCAACGUAACUGUCGCCGCUCUUCCCAAGGAUGCAACUGGAAAAAGCAAAUACUUCGAAGGCACUCCCAUCCCUACCAGUCUUGGCCUUGACGCUGUGAUGGCGUACUUGGUAUCUCAGCGUUGGAUUCUUCAGGACCUUCCUCUCGGAACGUGGCUGUCGGGAACUGCACUGGAAUUCCACCCCAUUGCUCUUGUGUUCGUGGUUCACGGAUGCCUUAUGACCAGCAAGAGCAUUCAUAUUCCCAAGCCUUAG